UUACAAAUCUGUAAGUAACAUUGAUUUUUUAUCUGCAGCCACAACAGUUCAGCGAGUAGAUUUCAGCAGAGCACACGGAAAAAAUAUAGUGGAACUCGUGUUAAAAAACACAAAUUUUCUUUUUAAUUCUAAUUAUACAUAUUUGCAAUAAAAAUAUUUAUAUAUUUUAGAUUAUUGAAAUUGAAAAAAAAUUAUCAAUAUAAGAAAAAAAUUACAUAACCUCAAAAACAUUUAUUGUGGAAAGAAAAAUUUAUUACGCAGCAAGUUUGCAAAGUAAAAAAGAACAUGUUUAAAAAGAGACAGCAACUAUUGUUGAAUUUAAGGAAGAAUUAAGACAAGCAAAAACAUCUAUUACAAUUCUAAAGAAGUUUAUACACAAGAAAAGCAGAAAACAGACGCAAAACAGAAAAUAUCAAAAUGCCACGCAUUGUGCCCAUACAAUUAUUGAAAUGCCUUAAAGUCCUGUUGGAUGAUAAUGGUGGCAUUUUAAGUGCUGGAGAAGUUAAAAGAUUAGCAAGUUUGAUGACAAAAUAUUCAAAAAAAUUGGUUUCCAAAUGCAUUUACGUACAAAUUUUAAAAUGUACUAAAACCGAACUAUUGGGUGAAUUUAUGGGAGCCGGUGGUUGGUCCUUGGUUUAUACUUGGUUAAAUGAUGCCAUACGCGCUAUGAAUUGGCCUUUAGUUCAGGAAAUUUUGGAAUUGUUGCUUUUAUGUCCCGUAGAUGUUCAUCGUUUGAAAAUCAAUUCCGCUCCAAAACUUGUCAAGGGUCUUUGCAAGGAUGGCGGCAAUGAAGGUGUUCGUAUUUUGGCUAAACGUCUUGUCGAACAGUGGCUUAAGGUGGUUACAGAGAAUCCUGAAGCAACGUUACCAACAUCAAAUAUGACACCACAGGCAACAGCUAUUAAGACUCCAACUGUAGCAGUUGUUGCACCGGCGGCAAUUUCUGUUAAUGUACAGCAGCAGCAGACAGCUAUGGUGGAUACCACAAAUCAAAGCACAUCCAACUCGCAACAACAAAAACAACCGGAGCAAAAACUAUCAACAAAGCAACAAAAAUUAAAAUCAAAUAAAAAAACAAAUAAAGUAAAAGAUUUUGAAGAAGAGGAGGAGGAGGAAGAGGAAGAAGUCGAAAAUGAAGAAGAUAAUGAGGAGGAGGAAGAAGAAGACAACAGUAGGGAAAUCGAGCAAGCGGAUAAAGAUCCAUUAGGAGGAGUAGACUCGGAACCAGCAUCAACAAAUUAUACUUUAACACCAGCUCAAAAGAAAGCCAGUGAAUCUGGUCUAGUCUAUAAAUUUAUUAUUAAAGACGGUCAAUCGAUUUUAGCUAAAGUACCUCCAAAAUCAAACCAAACUCCAUCUGACGGACAGGAAGAAGAGGAGGAGGAAGAAACAGAAUCGAAUGAAGUUGCUGAAGAAGAUGCCGAUGAUACCGAAGCUGCAGAGGAUACCGUUGAAAAGGCUGCUGCUAUAACUGAGGCCGAUGACAAUAGUUCUUCUUUGGACAAACCCGAAAAGGACAAUGACAGUAAUAGUGGUUCCGAAGACAAAACAAAAUUGGAAGAUACAAAGAAGUCGGAAGAUAAAAAAUCAACAGAAGAGAAAGACAAAUCCAUUAAUCAAAAGGAUCGCAGAAGUUCUAAGGACAAAGAGAGACGUGGCAGCAGCAGUAGUAUAGACAAGGAAAAAGAAAAGGAUAAAGACAGAGACGGCAAAUCCUCAAAGUCAUCAUCGUCCUCUUCAAGUCAUAGAUCAUCUAGCCACAAGUCAUCGUCGUCAUCGUCGAAAAGUUCUUCGUCGUCGUCGAGUAAAUCGAAAUCUUCUUCAUCAUCAUCAUCCUCUCAUCGUAGUUCUAGUGAUAAACAUCGCAGUGAUAAGGAACGUUCUAGUUCCAGCAAAGAUAAAGACAAGGAUCGCAGUAGCAGUUCUAGUUCUAGCAGUAAACACAGAUCAUCAUCUUCGAAAUCUGGUUCGUCCUCAUCAUCUAGUUCUAAGGACAAAUAUCGGGAAAAGUCUUCUUCGUCAUCGUCAUCAUCAUCCAAAAGUAAAGAUAAGUCGGAACAAUCCCAAUCAGAUAAGGACAAGGCCACUUUAGAAAAGGUUACUUCAUCGUCAUCCUCCCUAGAUAAACUUGGUAAAAUACCUAAAAAAUCAAAAGACGAAUCAGCAGCUGUCGUUGAAUCUGAAAGUUCCUCAAAAUCCACAUCCAUAACAAUACCCUCAAAAAAGGCCUCCAUGUCUAUAGAAAUUAGAAAAGACACAGAGAAGGCGAAAACUGUGAAAACCUAUAAAUCACAAUUUCGUUCCCAUGGUCUCACUGAAGAGGCGCCUCCACCACCCUCACGUAAGGGCCUAAAGAAGCCCUCCUCUGCUACACCUCCCGGUACAGUAUUGCCAUCUUCUCUGCCCUCGUCGCUGAAAAGAACCUCCCCACCGCCUAGAGAUUUGCCUUCGGAAAAGAAAGCCAAAAUUGACAUCAACAAUGUAACGGUGGCCAAUGAGAAACCAGGCGCUAUUAAACUAAUACCACCUAAGAAGAUACAAACUCUAGUUGAAACAAACCUCUUCUCUGAUGCUCUCUCUGCAUCAAGGGGCCCCAAAAAGGUUAACAAACGUAAACGUCCCAAUACACCAUUGAUCAAUGGUAAAGAGUGUCCAGGCUCACCUACAAGCCCCGAUUCACCAAAAGUGACGCCUCUGAAAUUUUACCAAGACACAUUGGACGAAUCGAAAACAGAAGAUUCAAAAUCCGAUAAAGAAAAUGAUGAGGCAGCAGCUGAAAAUGGAACAGCAGAUGAUAAAGACAUGGAUGACGAUGAUGAUAUUCCUUUGAAAAAGGUCAAGGAAGAUAUUGAACAGAAGGUGGCCCAAGAGAAGAAAUUGGAUAGUGGUGAUGCCGCUGCCUCUACUGUCGACAUAACAAAAGAUGAUGAUGAGGAGAAACAGGGAACAGAAAGUGGUUCUUCACCCAGUAGGCAGCAACAGGGAUCGCCUAGAGUUGAAGAAAAUGAUGUUGAAAUGGUGGAGGAGAAAAAACCGGGUCCAGGCUGUGGGCCAAAUGGUCCUCCCGGAGUUUUGAUGUUACAUCGCCGCAAGGGACCCAAAAAGAAGUUGACCUGGCGCCCGCAAGAAACACUUGAACAAGUACGUUACUUUGAUCUGGAUGAAAACGAACGUUGCAAUGUUACUAAGACCUCGUUUAUGGACAUGAAAAACCUGGAACGUUUCAACGAACGUGAUGCCAUUGUUAUGGCCCGUCGUGGUUUUAAUCAAGAGGACAAUAUGGAACCUCAAACUCACUGGAAACCGUUGAUGGAAGUUGAUGAAGUACCACCCCAUCCAGAAGGCAAUCAAUCGAAGCAAAGGAAAAUACAAGCUGAUCGUGAAUUGACAACUUUGAGAGCUUUGUAUUUUACGCAUGCUUUAAUACCCGACUCACCAGCAGAGGCAGAAUUUGAGCCAGCAUUUAAUCAUGAUGUCCCUCUUAUACCUUUGGAUGAUUUAACCGGCAAUCCAGAUGCUGUUAAUGAUUUCACAAGCAUGCCAUGGCCAGAACCGCGUGGUUCACCUAAACAUGGUGAUAAUACCAUGUCGGGAACUGGUGGUUUAGGAAGUCCUGUUGAUAUGUUUGGCGGUCCUUCGGUCCCAAUGACAAAUGUUGCGCCAAGUAACAAUAAACAAGGCGGCGGUAAACCGUUUAAUCCUUUCGUUAAUCCAUUUGUGGGACCAAAUGGACCCAAUGGACCACCAAUGCAAAACAGCCCCCAAAACCAAUGGCAAGGACCUGGAAAUAAUAUGGCAGGACCUAUGGGUGGUAACGGUCCUAUGAUGGGUAAUCCAUUCAAUGGCAGCCACGGAAGUCCUGUAAUGGAUAUGGGCGGUCCUGGACCCAUGGGUCCCGGUCCUAUGAUGAACAAUGGACCACCACAAAACUUUAUGAAUCAAUUUUCACCAAAUUUUGCUGGACCACCUAACAAUCCUUUCAUCGGCGGUCCUCCUGGCUUCAAUAAUGGGCCAAACAACUUUGGACCUAUGGGUCCCAACGGUCCCAUGAUGAAUGGUAUGGGUCCCGGUCCUAUGGGCAAUAACUGCCCACCCCAAAUGAUGAAUGGCGGUCACAACAAUAGAAACAACAACAAUCGUGGCAACAAUGGCGGUGGUGGUAAUUGGCGUAGUGGAGGUUCUAAUUUCCAAGAUAAUAAUGGAGGCGGCGGUGGUAAUUGGCGACCAGCUGGUCCUGGUCCUAUUAAUCGCAAUGGCGGUGGUGGCAAUAACAACAAUGGCAUUUGUAAAGCAUUUAUGCGCGGUCACUGUCGUUUAGGCAAUUCCUGCAAAUACAUACAUCCGAAUAAAAAUAAGCGGAUAUAGGAAUGGGCUGAUGAUACCCUCCUUACAAAGGAAGAUUCAUCAAACUCUACUUCCUUACCUACAAAUAACGACUGUGAUACGAAAUAAAGACUUAAUAUUAUUAGGAUAAAUAUAAUCUUCCCAAAAACAUUAAGUUUUAAGCCUGAUGAAAAGUAACAAACAAACCAAGACUGUUAAUGCUAUUAUGCCAAACCGUCUGCCCUCUACACUAGCUUCCUUUAGCAUUUACGUAAUACAAACUCUCAACUAUGUAUUCCACAACCUGCUCGAAUACCAACGGCUGGCCGCCUUAUAACAACCAUAACAUUCGUUUAAGUGUAAAAAAUUAACGUAAUAAGAAAAUUUUCAAAAUUGCUAAUUAAACAAGAUAAAUUACUAGAUGAUAGAUACAUAAUGAUAAAUUUAAAAUAAUGACUUAAUUUAAAAAAAAAGAUGAUGUACAUAAAUAUGAAUAAAAUAGCAAACUUUUUUUUGUAAUCAUGUUAUAAAAAAUACCUAUCAAUUUAAUAACAUACGUACCAAUUUUGCAUUUUUUUUUAAUUUGAAAUAUUUCAUUACUUUUUCCAAUUUGCAUAAAAUGUAUGUAUGCCUUCGUUUAGCAUUCAUUCAUAUUUAUUUUAAAUUCAAACUCCUUUAACAAUUCUACUACCAAUAUGUUUGUAUUAAUAUAAUUUAUAAUUAAUUAUUUAUUUAUAUGCGUAUUUUCAAAGAAAUAAUCAAACAAAAGUACAUUCGUAUAAACUAGAUAUAAACAAAUAAAAUUAAACGUAAAAAUAGUUUAGAAAUAUUAUUUUGUUAUGUAGUGAAUAGUUAAUAUUGUAAUAUUAUGUUUAAGUUAUUAAUUUACACCUUUUUUACCUACAAAAUAUUAGAAAAUAAUUGAUAGUUUUUGGAAAAAAAAAACAAAUUAUUAAUGUUUUAUUAAUAAAAAAAACAAUAAAAAUAUGUUGAAUUAUAUAUAAA